GAAGUUGAAGUGAAUGACUAUUCUGCAAUCACAGUCUGCUGUUUUCUGUGUAAGAGUUUUGUGGAUGUGGCCAUCUGAUAACAGCAUAAAGCUGAGAAAAGAGGUAUAGCCUUGCUUUUGCAUUCUCCUUCUUUCCAGCUCAGUUCUUUUCAUUUUCUUCAACAACUGAGCAUUAUGGUCAAACUAAAAAGCAGUAUCUUGUCUUGCAAGAAAAAUUAACAUCUCCAGCUGUGUUCAAGUUGUCUUUUUUUAUCUGCUACACAAUGUGGCUUAAUUCACAGGUGAAAUGGCAAUACCAAUAUAGAGCCCAGAAGCAAAGCCUGGCAUAACUGUAAGAGGAGGGAAUAUUCUGAAAUAUUCUACCAUCAAUUUUUGCCUCAGUUUCCUUUUACAUUUUUAAAAAGUAAGCAGUUUUCUUGUUGCCUGAUACAGCUUUGUGCAUAAUUUUACAGUUUGUUCAUGGGUUUUGUAACUAUACAUGAUGUUAUUCCUGUGUGAUGUUUUUGUAGUCAUAUAAAUACUGUUGAUCCUUAAUGUCACUUUUAAGGGUGUCUGAGGAAAACAGAUUUGUUACAUUUAGAAUUGCACACUAACUUUCCUUCUGCAUGGUUUGCCUUGUGGAGAAACUGCUCAGUGUUGUAUUUAAAAGAAGGAUGGGAUGCAUCCACACCUCCCUAGCAAGGCCUGAGUGUGACAGGGUUGUCAAAUAUCCAUCCCAGACUGUGUGGACACCUAAUUGUACCUGAUAGAUGCCAACUGAUGGAAUGAAUUAAUGACUCAAAACAUUGAUGAUGACAGGCAUUUGCAUCAACUGGACCCAUCAGAGCGUGGACAUGUGCAAAGGUUCAUCUCAGGCUUCCUUCUAUGUGUCUGAACCUGCCUGCCAGCAGUUGGGGAUCUGCACAGACAGCAGCUGGCUGGCUGUUGCUUCUUUACUUGCACUGGUGCUGGAACAGAAAUGUGCAGUCUGAAAUCCAUGAUGCUACCAGGGCUCUUGGAACAGGCACACAGGUGCUGGGGAGCUGGGGAGCCUGCUUAGGGGGAUGCCCUUGCCAGAUGGAAGGGGAUAUUUAGCUCUGUGCAGGCAGACCUCUGGGAAGUCAAUAGGUAACCUGGGAUCUGCCUGGGGCUCCUUGCUCUAUCAAAAAGACAUCUGUUUAUUCCUGAGUUCCUACAGAUUUCACCGUAUAUGGCUGGCUGGUGGAGGGUCCUGGAGGAAUAUCGAAGGCUGUUGGCACACAGCUGUGAAGACCAAGCUGGAUGAGACAGCAGGGAGCAGCAGCACAACCCCAGCUGAGCCCAGAAAUCCACACUGCCAUUUCCACCUCUGGCCUUGCCAGGUCCACAGCCCUGGGGCAACCUGUGGGGCACCAUAGGAGUGCCUGUAGCUCGCCUGGGCUGGUCACAACGUGAACAGCAGGUCAAAUGGGGCAGGCUGGGGCACAGGAGAAAGAAAGAGAGGUGCAGGAAGCUUUCAGAAGAGACAGGAAAACAAAGAAAGGAAGUAUCUGGUGGUGCCAGAGGAGGUUAUGAGACUGUGUGCAUUAGGGUCAGAUGUCAAGGUAAAGAGAAGUGGCUGAUGUGGGCAGGUGAAAUGGAUUUGCUUUGUUAGGAGAAAAGGGGAGAGAGGAUAGAAGGAGGAAUGUUUUAUCAUCUGAAUAGCCCAGUCAGUUUGACACCAGAAUUUUAGCCACAGAUUUUCAGGAUGCAGAUGAAAUAGUUCUACUGCAGAUGAGUUAUCACUAACUCCCUGAUUGUAAUGAUUCAUGCACUUCCUUUCAAAUUCCAUUUUUCCUUGUCAUGUGCUCUAUAGCUUGUUCCCAGAAAGAAGAUUUAUUACAGUGGUCUUUACUGGGUAAGUGUAACUUUUCUUAGCCAGUGCUUCUCUUCUGCUUUCCUCUUAACAGGAAGAUGAAACAGUUAAAAAUUAGUCAGUCCACAUUGUACCAUUUUUUUCUCCUUGUCCAGAAACAUUUAGUAGGUGUGGCCGUAGGAAGUAGAAUAUUGAAAUCCUCUUACUGCACAGGGCAUUUCUGUAGCUGUAAUAUAGUUUCCAAUGUCCACUAUUAGAUAAUACCAAUGUCAUCCUAGUAUUUUUUCUGUGUAAAGGAAUCAUGCUUUUGGAAGUGCUUUCACACAUCAUAAAGCAAACAGAAAACCCUGUUUGUUACCAUCACAUUUGUCUGAUACUUCUUGAAACUGGUAAAAGCGUAUUAAUGGCUUACAGCUUGACAAUUAUCACUAGCAGUGGCUUUUAUUAAAUUACUCAUAAUUUUCAAAGGCUUGUUUGCAUUCUUAAUUAUUAGCACACAUACCUCCUCUAGAUGUCCAUCUGAUAAUAUUCUUCAGUAAUAUUCUUUAGUGUGGAACUUUCACCAGGUGAUGUUAAAAUAAUAAAAGAGUCCAGCUCCCUCCUUCCUCUUUGCUUUUGUAUGUCUCAGCUUACACUGCUUUCCUGUCUUUGAUGAGUCAUUGCAUUUACUUCAUACUGAUACUUUUGCAUUUCAGACUGGAGCAUUGAUAUCGAUUUCCUUGUUUUCUGAUCAGAAAAAGUGCAUUUUUUUGCCUAUAAGUAUCACUGGAUUUUUGUCAGAUCAGAAAAGCCAUAUUUUUUAAGUUGUGAUUUCACAGGAUGUUGUGUCAAUGGCACACCAGUGUAUCUGGUCACAUUUGAAAAUGCUUGGUGCCAUUUCCUACUAGCAGUCCAGGUCCUGAAGCGAUGUUGCUUUAUAAUUCUGCUGAAUAUUAUAAAGAUCUAAAACAUAAGCAGUGUAAAAUAUAGCAAUCAAGUAUGAGAAUAUAAAUGAACGUUUCAAAUACCAGAGACUCCCAACUAUACAAAUAUAAAAUCCCUUUUUCUCCUCGUUAUGGCCAUAGGGUGGCACUGGUUAUUACUGAGCAUUGAUUACUGAGCUGGGCUAUACUACUCCUAUGUCCUAGGAGUAGUCCAGCCCAGUAUUUCAAGUUUAGCAGGGCAUUUUCAGAGACUAAGGAUCUGUUUCAUUCAGAGAGGUCCAUGGUUUGUUCACUCCUGCAAGCAAAGUAAAACAGCAGCUUUUUCCUGACAGGGCUCUGAUAGUACCAACUCCAGCUCUCCACCUCCUCUUCAGCCAACUACUGCCACUUGCAGCAGAGAGACUGGGAAGAGAUUUCCUUCUGCACCUUCUCUGACUUCCUUCUCCUGUUCUGCUGCCUGCCUUGCUGCCAGCAAAGGAAAAUGUCAGGCAGCUAUGAAGAUGAAUGUGGUCUCACACCCUGCGGUUUCCUCCUCUGGGUGGUGAUCAGUUGCCCUCAUGCCUCUUCUCAGUGAACCCAUCAGCUGUCAGUGACACUCCCUCAAUCUGUUUCAGCCCUGCCAGUGAAACAGCCACAGGAGGAGCAGUGUGUUGGUGAAGGGAUGUUGCCUUUCCCCACUGCUGCUGCUACUUGCAUAAGAAGAAAAAAACCUAACCCUUGCAUCAUUUUUUUCCUUUUCUUACCGUGAUGCCAAGCCUUCAGUGAUGGACAAAGCAUAAUUGAAUCCUGCUGAGCCAGCAGACUUGGCACAAAACCAAGGAAAACCUUGAAAUAUUGAAAGGCAUUGUAAAAAAUUGGGAAGCAUUAACCUCAGAUGAUUUUUGCGAUGAGGAGAUGAAAGUUGGAAACACGUAACUGAAUUAUUGUUUGUAGAUAUGCAGCACUUCUGAAGUUAAAUCAAAGUAUCAUGUUCACUGUAGUUAAAGUAGUUAAUAUUCGCCAGAUUAGCUUGAGGCAUUUCGAUGUAAUGUGAAGAUAAUGGUGGCACAGCGUGCUUACACAGAUAAAAUGAGACGUACUCACAUCCAGUGCUUUUCACAGAAACACACCAUCAGCACGGUUCCUCUUUAACCUGCAAAAUCUUAUUUUACUAAUACCUUCUACAGACUGUGUUGUAAUAGUGCAGGAAGUGAUUCAUUUUAGACAUACGAAUGUAGUUAUACUUUAUCACUUUUCUUUAUCACUUUUCUGCUUCAACUUUACCUGCAGCAAGUGGGUAAAACUUCAGCAGCGUUUAGCUGUGUGAAUUAACCCCAUGGGCUAUGCCCACUGUGGCAGCAGAACUAUUUGUCAGCAGAAUUUCUUCUCACAGCCUACUCUUAUCAGAAGACAGAUGCGAUUACUCAGCUAAAAUGGUAUGUGAAAACAUAUGGUGUUUUGGAGCUGCUGGGUUGCUGUGGAGGAUAAAUAGCUCCUGACCCCAACCAGGAUCUUUUCAUGAAAAAAGAGCGGUGUCCCUAUGCCUUAUAAAGGCAUGGGCAGGCUUAUUCCAGCGCUCAAGAAGGGGCGGUAGCGGGUUCGUGCUGCUGAGUUUUUUUCCCAGCAGCGGUCGCAGGCGAAUGAAGAAGUUGAGCUGAAACUGCGAGCGCUUCAUCCCGGCACUUAGCGGCAAAACUCAGUCAAGAGAGGAGGAAGCCGGUGAAACUAAAAACAAAACAAAAACAAACAAACAAAAAAGAAACCCACUUGGUCAUGGGGAAAUCAGCUUCCAAACAAUUUGCUGAAGAAGUCUUGAAAGUGCACAAUGACUACAGGAAGAAACAUGGAGUACCCCCAUUAAAACUCUGCAAGAAGUUAAACAGAGGAGCCCAACAGUAUGCAGAAGAACUGGCCACCACGAGGGUCCUCAAGCACAGCUCUGAGUCUGCUAAUGGGAAUUGUGGAGAAAACCUGGCAUGGGCAUCCUAUGACCAAUCAGGAAAAGAUGUGGCUGACAGAUGGUACAGUGAAAUAAAAAAUUACAGCUUUCAAAACCCAGGGUUUUCUUCUAGGACAGGUCACUUCACAGCAAUGGUUUGGAAGAACACGAAGAAGAUGGGAGUUGGAAAAGCAUCUGCUAGUGAUGGCUCAACCUUUGUGGUGGCUAGAUAUGACCCAGCUGGAAAUGUAGUAAAUCCAGGCUAUUAUGAAGAAAAUGUUCUUCCUCCAAGAAAAUAACUCUAUUUUUUUAAGGUAGUCUUAUUGCUUAAUGACAAGUGAACCUAGAUUUGGACCUAACAGUGUUUGAAAUGAAGCCCAAUUCAAUGAAAUCUCCUGUUUGAUACUGCUGUUCAUGUCUCAUUGUGGAGGAAGCAAUUACAUGUUGCUUGAGUCAAUCUGCACAUCAGGCCCCUGUUGUUUCUGAGGGGGCCUCAAUUUAUUUGAAGAUGAACUGUAUGCAGCAUUUCUAUAAAAGGGAUAAAAUGGGUAAGAUUUUUUUUUAAAUUGUUUGCAUGAACUCUGUGUCAGCAUGUGAGUAAGCACAUGUUGGAUGUCUAUUUUUUUUAAACAAACAAAUUUAUAGCUUUCUGUAAACUGAAGGUACCAGCUUGUAAUUAUAUUAUGUAGUCCCAGCUGUCCAGCACUUUUUAAUAACUCUACCUUUGUUGCUCUGUCUUUACCUCCUGCUGUUGUGGGACCUACUCUCUGCAGAUGGAACACAUGCAAAACUUCCUGUAUGAAAGGUACAUGUGUAAAAUGUAGUGGAAUUCAGACCUGUGUGUUUUUAUUAUGAGGAUCUUGCAGAACACUAAAAGACUGGCAAAACUGUAGCCAUCAAGCAAGAUGUAACGAAUGCAUGAUCUAAAAACAAACCUUACAAUUUUUUAAAUCCCGUUUUAGAUGCUGAUAUAUAAAAUAUAUUUGAGAUAAGUAUAUUUUAAGUUCAAAGUGCAUCCUACAGUUUACAGUAUGUAUCUUGUAUUAUAAUCCAAUUGUUUGUUUCUGUUGCAGAAAAAGAAGAUUCUCCUUUUUUGAUAUUUAUGCACAAAAGUUUCUUUGAUGGUGCACUUUGGAUUUUAUUUCUCAGUAACUUAUUUUUUAUUUCCUAAGGAAUAUCUUUUAAAGGUGUCAUGCUAUUUAGGCAAUAACAUUCCUAAAUCAUCUCGUCUCCUUUAACAAUGUAACAGUAGGGGUAUUCACAUUGUCAUAAUUAAGAGAUAUUUGAUCUUUAUUCAUAUCAUUCAAUAAUAGUACUAUUUCAUAUGCUGGAUUGAUGCCUUGAAAACAGUGAAAACUUAAAUUCCUUAACAAUAAACCAAGCAAAAAUUCUGGGGACACUCUUUUCUCUGAUUAAGUGUGGAUUGGGCCAUUUUGGCUGGGUUCAUAAACUGUGCUUCAAUCUGGGGGUUUGUUUUCUUUGUAAGAGUUUCUUUUGACUUUUGCUGAGUUUCUGUAUGCCAUAAUCUGGUUCAUGGACAGUGCCAUUACAGAAAUACUUCUUUUUUGUUUACACAAUUAUAAUGAACUGCAUUCUGAUGGCUUGAUUAUAUGUCACUGUGAUGCUGUUUGUUACAAUUUUUUGUUGUAACCAAGAACUUGACACACAUCAUGAACAACUGAAAAAUAAAUAUUUUUGAAUAUGAACUACACAA